AUGUCAUUUAAAGUUUCCCUUGUUUGGGUCUCCCUACUGCUGGGCCUUGGAAUGCUCGUCCAUGGUACUUACGCUCAAAACUCACCUCAAGACUUCGUUGAUGCUCACAACGCUGCUCGUGCCCAAGAUGGCGUCGGUCCAAUCUCCUGGGACGACACCGUUGCAGCUUACGCCCAAAACUAUCUGAACAAGACGAUCAGUGACUGUAGCCUGACCCACUCUGGUGGCCAGUAUGGGGAGAACCUCUAUUGGGGCCCUGGUUCUCGGUGGACCGCCGUAGAUGCCGUGAACUUGUGGGUGGCUGAGAAGAGCAACUACGACUACGCCACCAAUACCUGUGCUACUGGUAAAGAUUGCGGGCACUACACUCAGGUGGUGUGGCGCAACUCCGUGCGGCUGGGCUGCGCCAGGGUCGAAUGUAACAACGGUGACACCUUCAUUACCUGCAACUACGACCCAGCUGGUAACGUUGAUGGGGAGCGUCCCUAUUAG